CCGAACCAAACUGUACAUUCAUCUUUAUACACUAUGGGAAGAAAAAAGAAGAAGCAGAUGAAACCAUGGUGUUGGUAUUGUAAUAGGGAUUUUGAUGAUGAAAAGAUACUCAUUCAACAUCAGAAGGCGAAACACUUUAAAUGCCACAUAUGCCAUAAGAAGCUGUACACUGGUCCUGGCCUGGCUAUUCACUGUAUGCAGGUUCACAAAGAAACAAUUGAUGGUGUUCCCAAUGCAAUACCUGGAAGAACUGACAUUGAACUGGAGAUUUAUGGAAUGGAGGGUAUUCCGGAGAAAGAUAUGGAUGAACGGAGGCGUGUGCUUGAGCAGAAAACGCAGGAUAACCAGAAAAAAAAGCACAACCAAGAUGACUCGGAUGAGGAUGAUGAGGACGAGGAAGAAGCAGGACCUUCGGUCCAGCAGGGAGCAGCACAGCCACAGACUGUUUUUGCCCCUAUUGCACCGCCUGGAAUGGCUCCUGUACCUGCACCAGGGAUGCCGCCUGUGAACUUUGCAGGGAUACCUCCAAUGAUGCCUGGUGUUCCACCCAUGAUGCCAGGUGUGCCCCCAAUCAUGCCAGGAAUGCCACCUGGAAUGAUGCCAAUGGGUGGGAUGAUGCCUCCAAUGAUGCCAGGCAUGCCACCAGGCGUGCCUCCUCCUAUGGGUCAUCAUCCAGGCAUGCCCCAGGCUCCUGCUCCCACUGCUUCAGGCAUGAUCCCCAAAACUACUACUCCUGGAACUGCAGUUACUGCUCCUCAGAAUGUUAUCAUCCAGCCAUUGUUCCCCAGUGCAACACAGGCUCAGCAGUGUGUGUCUGUGGCACCAAUGGGUCCUUCCUCUUCUUCCUCUGCUGCUCCCAAAGCCACCUUUCCAGCCUACAGCCAGCCUGUGCCCUCUACCGCUGGUGCAGGCAGCUCUGUGACAAAACCUGCCACCCCCAUAACGAGUAAACCGGCUAUCCUCACCACUACCAGUGCAACCAGUAAGUUGAUCCACCCUGAUGAGGAUAUCUCUCUGGAGGAACUGCGUGCUCAGCUCCCACGCUACAAGUGUAAGAUCCCUAGCACAGUCCAGGCUCACAUCAGCGCACCUACUGUGGGUGGCAUGAUGCCUGCUCAGCAGGGUGCUGGUUCACAGCAGCCAGGAGCCAGGCAACCCGUACAUGGAUCAUAUGGUUCCCCACCCCAAUCAGUGCCUGGCUAUGUUUCAGGGGGAUUGCCACCAUACCGGCAAGCCCCCCCAAUGGUUCCACCCUAUCAAGGAGCUGUGCCAAGGCCCCCACUGGCCAUGAGGCCUCCAGUAAUGUCCCAAGGAGGCCAUUAUUGAUGGUUAGACGCCGCUCUUCGAUAGGUUUGGCGAUUUUUUUUUUCAUGUGGUUGUGUUCUUAAAAAAGCCAAAUUAUUAAACAUAAUUCUGAAUCAAAAUGUCUAGUAGGGUUGAGGGGACAAAAAUGAACUGGGUUAUCCAUUGGACUUUUAGUUGUGAAUCUUUGUAUGGAUGUAUGAGAUGUUACCGAUUGUACAGUGUGGCUUCUUUUUCCCUCCCCUAUAUUCCGUUUAGGUUGUAAGAAGUGUAGUAAAUAUGGUUCAUAAAAAUUUGAGGCGGCCGGAGUAACACGAACAGUACAGCACCCUUUAUCCAAGGCAAGUCUUUAUAAAAAUACUACUGUAUUAUACAAAUGAAGCCUUCACAGCACCUUAGGUGCUGUUGGACUUCAUGUCCCCAGCUUUGCUCGGUGAGGGCUUCAGCUAUCUAGCAUUGUUUUUGUCUGUCUGCUUGUUCUUAUCUACCCAGGAAAUGAUAAAUAUAAUAGUUAUGUGAACAGUGUCUGUAUAAUUCUGCAAACUAAUAAAACGUGUUAAAAACUGAA